AUGGCGGGUUUUUCUCCACGGAAUUCUCUAUUGCAUAAUGGUUUACCAACAGAAAACCUUGCAUUGCGUGAUGACAAGGAAUCCUAUAGACAGGAACAGGAAAGCAAUUUCCGAAAUUUUGGAGGAUUACGAAAAUUAUUGGCAAAGUUUGAGUUUGUCAUGAAAGCACAUUUCAGUAAUCUGGAGUUGAGGGGUAACCGGAGUCGGAAACGGUUGAAGGGUAACCGGAGUCGGAAACGGUUGAAGGGUAGCCGGAGUCGGAAACGGUUGAAGGGUAGCCGGAGUCGGAAACGGUUGAGGGGUAGCCGGAGUCGGAAACGGUUGAAGGGUAGCCGGAAUCGGAAACGGUUGAGGGGUAGCCGGAGUCGGAAACGGUUGAAGGGUAGCCGGAGUCGGAAACGGUUGAGAGGUAGCCGGAGUCAGAAACGGUUGGGGGGUAGCCGGAGUCGGAAACGGUUGAAGGGUAGCCGGAGUCGGAAACGGUUGAAGGGUAGCCGGAGUCGGAAACGGUUGAGGGGUAGCCGGAGUCGGAAACGGUUGAGGGGUAGCCGGAGUCGGAAACGGUUGAGGGGUAGCCGGAGUCGGAAACGGUUGAGAGGUAGCCGGAGUCGGAAACGGUUGAAGGGUAACCGGAGUCGGAAACGGUUGAAGGGUAGCCGGAGUCGGAAACGGUUGAAGGGUAGCCGGAGUCGGAAACGGUUGAGGGGUAGCCGGAGUCGGAAACGGUUGAAGGGUAGCCGGAGUCGGAAACGGUUGAGGGGUAGCCGGAGUCGGAAACGGUUGAAGGGUAGCCGGAGUCGGAAACGGUUGAGAGGUAGCCGGAUCAGAAACGGUUGGGGGGUAGCCGGAGUCGGAAACGGUUGA